CAGGAGCUUCGCUUAUUAUAUUGUAUUGGUGUGAUCUAAAAGGAUGGAUAUUACUGAUGUUGUAAGUUGUAACCUUGACCGGUGUGCUUAUUAUGUGGGCAGCAGCCCUCACUAUAACUAUGUGCUUGGAUUCCUGUUUGCGCCGCAUCACGCCCCCGCCGUCGCCCCCACCUGUUCUCAACACCAACGUCUUCGUCAAUAUUGGAGGACGACUACCCCGCCGUCCACCGCCGGAGGUUCGGCUGAAUAUAAGAACGUUCGAGGAAGGGAGCGUAAGGGCGGGAGUGGAGGACGGGUGCGCAAUUUGCUUCACAGGGUUCGAGAAGGGCGCGCUGUCCACAGUUCUUCAAGCCUGCGAUCAUAAGUUUCAUUCAGAUUGCAUCUCCGUCUGGUUGGCCAUUACCAAAUCCUGCCCCCUCUGUAGAACCCCGGCUCAAUUUCCUUUCCAACCAUAUACGAUGUAGCUAGCUAGCUAAUAGGAUCUUUAGUCUAGUAGUUCGAAUAUUAAUUACAAAAUUUAACAUUUAACUACACUCAUGAUUAUAUCUAUAUCUACAUGUGUAAUGUGGAUGGCAUGCUUGAAUUGAUUUUGUUUGUUUUGUUCAAACAAAUCGUCUUGUAUAUAAAGAGUCUUGUGACCG